AUGAGACAAGUCUUGUUGCUUUUUGUCUAUCUCUUUACAACUUCUUGUGGGGCUGGAGACUUCUGGGUUGUGUGGGGAGAACGCGCGUUCAAAAGGUGUAUGCAAAUUGACAAAAAGAAAGAGGAGUGCGAGGUGUUGCAAGACACUAUUGAAGAGCAACUAAUGGAGACGGCAUUUCCUCUUUUUCAGAAACUCGAUAAGAAGCCCGACGAUGUUGUUGCGAGGUCAUUACAAGUGCCAUAUUCUCUUGUCGGUCAAAGAGUCGUUGAUAAAUAUUUAAAUCUCCUCGUCACAGACAAAAUUGUUUCAGAAGAUGAGCUCUCUGGGAAAAUGUUUUGGGAAGUCACCAUGUUCAUUAUGGAUUGCAUUCAUGGUGAAGAGCCUCCUGUAUGGAAAAAAGUGAAAGAAGAUGCUUUUUGGCAAAGGCCUGAGGCUGCUAAAUAUUUGAAAUCGAUUGGCGUCGAUCUUGCAACUGUCCCCACUGAAGAGAAGAAAGAAACUGUAUUGAAAGAAGAUGACAAGAAGAAAGAAGAAGACAAUGAAUGGGCGGAGUUUGAUCAAUUUAAAACAGAUUUAUAA